AUAAGGUUCGUCUGACGUCGACGUAUUUUUAGUACGUCACCUGUGCAGCGGUGCUACCGAGCGAGAAGGAAACCGGCGAAGUUUCCGGUAGACGAUUUCGGUUCGCAGGAGGGUGAAUCACCCGGAAUACAAGAAGGAAGAUGUCAUGGAACGCAAGAUCGAGGGAAAUGUUGUACUGUAUAUAGUGAGUGGUGACAAGAAUGUGGCAGAGUCGGUCUGUACGAGAAGGCACCCUAGAGUAGCAUCAGUCAGACCAGGUAGAGUAUUUCGAUGAGUGUGGUAUUUUCGGAGAUACUCGCCGCAGGGAAUUGCGGGGGAGCCGCACGGAAGGUGGUAUGGAUUGUGAAAACUGGUGUUAUUUGCAGGACCGGCCGCUGAAGCAAGGUGAUAGUGUGUGGCGGUGCCAAUUCCGAGCUAAGGGGCCGAAAAUGAAGCCACAGGUGAUCUUCUUCCUCACCGCGUGAACCGUGUAAAUUGAAGGUCUGACGUGUGGGGGCUCGUGAAUUUUCAAAUGGAGAAGUCUGAGGAAUGGAGGACCGAAAUUCUGCUCUUCGCCUCCGGGCCGUCGUUCACCUGGUUUCCCGCCUCGUCGGUCGUCUCCAAGAAUUCUUCGCGCACUGAAUUUGAAGCACUUCCUCUGCGUCUGUGAAUUGUGAAGGCUUCCCCACGACGGGAACUCCCGUUUGGUUUAAGGGGAAGCGAGUGGGAACGGGAAGAAGGUCCUCGUCAUAAGCAGCAGAGGAGGAACAGGAGGAGCCAUAAGAAGAAUUCAAGAAAAAAAAUGAAGCGGAGCGCAAUCAAUAACGCAGAGGACGAGUUUUUCAUGUCCGAGAUAGUUCUCGUCGCCCUGGCUCCUUUUCUCCUGGUGGUUGUGCAGGUGGCGAGUACUUUUGAACUCUUGACGACGUAAUAGACGAAGAUCAUCGUCAAGAUGUGGUCGCAAUGGGUCUUCAAGAGAGUUUGCAAGUUUUUCGUCAAACGCCUGUUAGGGCGGUUGCUGAGAAGCGAGGUAGACUUGGAUCAGCUUGACGUGCAGCUAGGACUGGGCACAAUUGUACUCAAGGACCUACACCUUAACACGGACUAUCUAAAUGAUCAGCUCGGGUAUGCAGCAGUUGCUAUCAAGGAAGGAAUCGUUGGCAGUGUUAAGGCCAGGAUCCCGUUGAGAGUCUUGACGGAUGAAUCUUGUAUGAUCGAGUUGGAGGAUUUGAAGCUGGUCGUGAUUCCUCGCCCGUCAAGUCAAAAUGGUGCAGAUGAUUCACUUGCAGCAUCUGGAAUCGAAGCCGUAAGAUUUGUUGAUAGCCAGGACUAUCUGGGCGGAGAUGGAGACGGGUAUUGUCAGAGUGCUGGAGGAGGUGGUGCAUACUUGGGUGUGGAUGAUGGUGUCAGGAUGAUUGCGCAGAUGGUAGAGAGAAUACUGUUAAAUUUGCGCGUUAAAGUAACAAAUUUGGUUAUUGUUUUUGAGGAACAAAAUUUGGCGUCUGGGAAUGGGACCUGUGAACAUGAGCAGGACAGACGCAAGUCUUCUCACCGCUCCUCAGUAUUUCAUAGUAUUCUUGUCGUUCGAGUUCCACGUCUGGAAUAUGGAGUCGAAACUGCGCCGCCUGAGGUAGAUGAUACCGGAAAAGGUUCCAAUGAAGUAGAGCCAAAUAUGCUCGUCAAAGUUGUCAAAUUUGAAGGUGCGACUGUUGAGGUUGCAGAUGUUUUGAAGGUUAAAGUGUCCAGGGAUGUAGAGGAAGAGUCGAUAACCAUGGAUCACUCGCAGCCUUCAUUUCUACGCAAGCCUGUAAAAAUUCUCGAUGGAGAUCUUGAUGGCAUCACUGGAACCAUUCAACUUAGUGUGCCUUGGAAAGACGGAACAGUCGAUGUACCGAAGUUCCACGCGGACAUCAUGAUUGGCACUGUGAAGUUGAAGGCCUCACCGCAUGAAAUCCGUCAGCUUUUCAGUCUAGUGCAGGUUUUUACAGCAGUAGGGGAAACAGAUAUGGAUAAGGGCAAUUCGUUUCCAUUUGUGAGUCCAUCAACUCAGGGUGCGGUGAGUGUUGGAGACUUGAGCAAAACCAGAGGUUAUGUUGCUGCCAGCAUAGACAGGAGCAGGGACAUCUACAGAUCAUUUGCUGAACCCUUUCCUAUCAAUGGUGGACAAGUGUCAGAAGCAGCACCGCCGAAUUCGUCAUUAUUACCUUUUACAAAGUUCAUUUCCUGGAACUGGAUGUACUCAGGUGCAAGUGAAGGUCAAAGAAAGGACGUAGAAGUACGGGAUGCAGACUUGGCAGCGAGUGUUGAUGAAUUUUUUGAGUGCUUUGAUGGUACUCGGAGCAUCCAACAAAGUCAAGCUAGUGGCCUCUGGAGUUGGCCUCGCUCAGCUUUCAGUGCAAUUACAGCUGCAUCAAGCUUGGCAACGGGCUCUACAAUAAUUCCUCCUGUCACAGAUAAUUUCAAACAAGUGGAGUACAGUAUAAAGGCGAAACUGGCUGGAGUAUCAUUCCAACUGUAUUAUGACUUCUUCCACCCCGAGGAUACAUCAGAGCCAAGGAGUGCGUCAAGUUUGGGAGGCUCUUUUGAAGAGCAUUUGGAUGCCAUCUUGUCAGACAUUCAGUUUGUUGCGACGGUUUCUCCAAAUCAAGUGGAUUGCACUACAACUAUAAAGACUUUGGAAAUUUCUGAAGUCGAACAACUUGGAGAAAGUUUGAAAACGACCGGGACACAAAGUUGGCAAGAUGAUAGAGAAUCAUAUCUCAACCAUACGCGAUCUUUGCAAGCAUCUAUAGAAACUGCUCUACCUCCAUUUCCCGCAACUUUAGGCUCUUCUUCCGUAGGAGGUACGACUUCUAGUUGCGAAAAGGGGACCUCGGAUGAUUGGAAGGCGGGGAGACAAAGUGUGGGUGGAUCUCAACAGCAGGUCGAGAAGAAUGUUCUACCAGGAAACCUCGAGAGGAAACGUUUGGUAGCAAUACAUACUGGACCAGAAUAUGGUGCACGUGUAACUUUGACGCUUGAGUCUACGUCCAAAACGAGUUUCAGCUUAACUGAAGUCCACUGCUUCUUGCAGCCUUUGGUUUUUUGGCUUGAUUUGCGCACGUUGAAAAGGAUUGAGUCACUUCUACGGAGGUAUGAAGAAUCUGCAGCUAGUUGUGAAAGGACUGCUGCACUCGACUUGAACAUCCAAGAUAUGACGGGGCCAAGAGAUGGAACGGAUGGAGGGUGUAGAGAGGGCGUGAGUUAUCAGCCACAAAGUGCAGCAAAUGAGGACACACAUGCUGUUCCGAGAAUGUCUUGCCCGCUGAACGUUUAUUUAUCAAGCAUCCGUGUCAUUGUUUGCUUUCCCGCCGACACUCGGUCUCUCUGCUCUGUUAUACAAGAAGACUUCAUUGGACUAGAUUUAAGAGGCCCUCCCCUUAAUAAUGGAGUGAUCCAACCUAUGCUUGUGUACAAACAUGUCGAAGAGAAGCACAUGACUGUGACUGGUGGAGCGGGUUUUUCUGUAUUAUUGCGUUUUGAAGAUAUUGCAGCUAAUUUGAUAUCAACUGAUAUUAGUCCAUCAGAAAGGCCCAUGCCAGGUGAUAUUACCCCUUUUUCUGUGAAAGAGAUAUCCACAGUUUUUUAUAAUGAUCCGAUUUGGGGAGCGUUACCAACUCUUGACAGACCACCCGAUCAAGGUAUCUCUGUGGAGAUCCAGUGGUUUUACGCUGGGAAGGAUGGUAACAGGUUGGCUAAGAAGACGUGGGAUGGGAUAGCUGCUCAACAAAUACAAGCUGAUGGAGGCCGAGGCAUAGGGGGAAGCAAUUCGGAAUAUGCUGCUGCCACAACUGCGGCAGAAGUCGUGGAAGAGCAGAACUCACAACUCCGAAAGGAGCUUAUAUCUAGCUCUUCGUUGGUGGUUCGAGUCCAAUUCCCGCAAGUGCAGCUGCACCUUGCAGAACCUCACUAUACUCGGGUGUUGGAGCUUUUGAAACGGUUUACAGAAUCACUCGUAGGAGAUAGUGAAGAGAAGAGUUCUGGGGAAUCCAGAAAUCUUGCUAAUACCACCGAACGUCAUACCGACUUGCAAACGGUUAAUAGACCUCAGAUCUGUGUGCUUCUUCAAUGUGGUAAAGUCGAUGUUGACAUGUGUCUUCCACCUCAGUCUUUGGGUCUUACCUCCAUCCAUUGUCCAAAACCUUGGGAGGUCAUCAACUUCGACAUUGAGAAGCUUCAGGUGCUCUGUGUGACUGGAAUUGAGGGAGUUUCUGAAAUCUCUUACUUAUGGGUUCAUCAUGAAGAAGGUCAGGUCACUGGUUCGUAUCGGGAAGAUAGCACUAUGGGUGCCGAUGAAAAAUCAGAGGUGCUGCUUUUGUCUUGCAGAAACAAAGCACUAGGUCGAGGUGACGGAGGAGGGGGCAAUGCCUUAGCUGCAGGGACAUCAGGAUUGUCCCUUACCUAUAUGGUAUGGCCUGAUCAAGAACCUGCUGACGAACUUUUGGGUAGUGCUAUAUUUACUGGAACCAUUCGUGGAUGCACUUUCGUAGCCCAUGGUGGUCGUCUCGACUGGCUGCUAGCUGUCUCUUCUUUUUUGAACCCCGCUGAGAACAACCAAGACUUGGAAGAUGCUUGCACUGAUUCUUUGUCUGCUGGAACGGCUGAAUACAAAUCUACGGAUGAUCAAAGUGUCUCAUCUUCCACUUCCCACCUCUUUUUUCUCCUCGACUUUCAAGAUGCAGCAUUGUGCUAUGAGCCUGGUUCCGAGGCAAUGAUCGGUCCAGGCUUAAGAGCAGAAAUAGAUCCACUUAGACGAGGUGCCGGCUCGUCGCUUGAGUCAUCACAAAUGCAUGCACCAGUAGCAUGUGUUCUAGCAGCUGCAGCUCUAAGAGUAUCAAGCAGUGCAGUUCCUCAAGCGAAGGGUGAGCAAUUCGAUAUAUGGCUCAGAGAUGUGGCACUUCACUUACUGGAUACAACUUUGAGGAAGCACUUGACAUCAGAUUACACUACCGCCUCCAUGAAGCGUACAGGAUAUGUGCAGAUUGCCAAAGAAGCGGUCAUGGAGGCUUUAGUGAGGAUCAACUGUGAGGACGGGCGUCAGUGGGAAGUAGAGUGUGCCAACUCUCAGUUACAUUUUGAAACCUGUCAUGAUACAACAGCAGCGUUCGGUCGCCUUGUUGCUCAACUUCAACAACUGUUCGCCCCAGAAAUCGACCCUACAAGCGUAAAUCUGCACAACAACAACAUAGAUCGAAGGGGAUCCAGCUCUGGUAGUCCCAGUACCAGGACCAUCAGGAUAGGAGCUUCCGGUGAAAUGGAUAACAGUGUCAACGAGAAUUUCAGUGAAAUCAAUCUCUUUGAAGGGGUUUUGGAAGAUGCCUUCUCACGUGUAAAAAGUUCACCUUCUUCUGUUGCAGGAGGAGAUGAUCAGCUCUCCAGUGGUGCCUAUAGUUUACUUCAUAGUCGAGUGGGCUCUAUGGAUAGAAAUGAUUCUAUCGACAGAAGACAAGAUGCAUACGAACCUAAGAGAAGUUCACCUUCUACUCCAACUUCAGAGAAUCAGCAAGAUGUUCUUGAGGAACCCCCUGUGUUAAAUAACGCCGGCCCCCCGAAGUUCAUAGAGGACUAUUACAUUACCCUGCAAAAACAAGGGUCUCUACUCGGGGACGGGUUUUCCAAGCAAUCUGGUGAAUCACCACGGCCAUCAGGUGGACCAUCGAGAGGCUCAAGCAGUUCAGGGGGCGGACGCGAGGUGGAAGGAAGAGGUGGAUGGUACGCUGGAAAGGUCUUGAAAGUGCUGGAAAAUCAUGUUUCUGAAGGGAGACCUAGCUCGGAUGCUGAUCAACAAGGUGCAUUUAUAAGAGAACAUCCGAGUAAGGAAGGUCAAACUCCUAACAAAGCUCCGAGUCUCCCUAAGAAGUAUCCUAAUUCUGUCGGGAGGGUUCUGCUUAGUGAUCUCAAAGCGAAGUGGCGCUUGUAUGGAGGUUCUGAUUGGCCAACAGGUAGGACGUAUGAUAAGGAUUCGAUGUAUCAUUCAGGCAUAGAAGAAAAUGGGCGUCAGUCAAACGUGUGUCUGGAGGUUUUGUUGAACGAAAUGAGAGUUCAGUACGAUACCUUCCCGGCAGUCGGACUUUAUGCGUCGAGACUUGUCGUCACCGUUCGGGACAUAGCCGUUUAUGAUGAGAGCAACGAUGCUCCUUGGAAGACGGUUGUAAGUUACAAUCGUUCAAAAGGUCGUCCCCGGGAAUCAUCCGCGCAAGCAGUUAUAAUCGAGAUGGAUGCAGUUCGACCGGACCCUACUGCCCCACUGGAAGAAUAUAGAUUGUUAAUUAGCUUGCUCCCAAUAAGUCUGCAUCUGGACCAGCGACACAUCGAUUUCUGUAUACAAUUUUUUUCUCAACACCGAUCUGGCACAACUGAUGUAACCCCAAGAGAUGAAGCAGUCCAUCCACUAUCCGAUUCCACGUCAAACCUUGCAUCUGAUGUGUCGUCUGAUAUCAAUGAAAUGACCGACGAAGAACUACUUCCUUUUUUUCAGAUUUGUGAGAUGCGCCCAUUGACCAUACGUGUCGAUUAUGUCCCUCGACGAGUUGAUAUCAGCUCGUUAGGAAAGGGCAACUAUGCCGAGCUCUUGAACUUUGUAUCUUGGAAGGGAAUAGAGCUUAAUCUUAAGCAUGUCAAAGCGACAGGGGUCCACGGCUGGAGUAGUCUCUCUGGUGUGAUGGUGGGAGAAUGGCUUGAAGAUAUCUCGCAAAAUCAGGUGCACAAAUUUGUCAAAGGUGCGGCGCCAAUACGACCCUUCUAUGCAAUGGGCUCUGGUGCCGCAAAGUUGGUCGCGCUUCCAGUUGAGCAUUACAAGAAAGAUCGUCGUCUGCUCUUGGGGAUGCGCAAAGGGGCUAUGGCUUUCUUUCGAAGUAUAUCAGUGGAGGUUUUGGGUCUUGGAGCGCAUCUGGCUGCCGGUGCACAUGAAUUUCUACAACAAACCGAACUAGCAGUCGGUGGAACGCUGAGUCCGUGUACAUUUACCGCCGAAAAUGGGGAGCGGCGAAGUAAGGCUGUACAGCCAGGUGAUACACGCGAAGGCAUACAACAGGCCCGCGAAAGCAUAUCUCGUGGACUUGAGAGGACAGCUUCUUCAUUGGUUGGAAAUCCAUACAAGCUGUAUCAACGCGGUGGGGCAGGGCCGGCUGUUGCUAGUGCACUACGCGCUGCCCCUGCGGCUGCUGUAGCGCCAGCAUCCGCAGCCGCAGGAGCUGUCCAUCGGCUCGUUCUUGGGUUGCGGAAUGAAUUGGACCCAGAGAAGAAAAGAGAAUCUGAUGAGAAACAUUCAGGUCCCCCUCCUGAUACAGGGCGUGUUCGAUGACGAAAGAGAACAAAUUACACAACGAGCCUGGCUGUCCGCGAAUAUAUUGGGUGGGUCCGCCUACAUUGUCGGGAGACGAAGGUCAUUGCAGAGGAAUUGACCUCCAUGUAUGUAAAGUUAUGUUUGACUAUCCGCCCUGCCUAUCAAGUCGAGCAUCGUUCUCGCUUGUAUUACAGCUGAGCACCUGACCAAGUUAGGGAGCUUUAUGUAACAUCUGCAUGUGGCACGGAGAUCAGUACAACUCACAUUCAAAGUCUGACGUUGUAGAUAUGGCAAAGCAUAUAUCAAUUACCAGGUCGAGGAGAAUAUCUUAAAUCGGACACCAUCUCUUGAAAGUCAUAUAGGUCCUCUUUUGGAAAAGGAGAGAGCAACGUAAAUUCAUUGGCACUUGUACACUAUUCUGGAGACUCGAGUUGAGCGUACUUCCACAACAUCAUCAUCAUUUUUUUGCCGACAAAUGAAUGAGAAGACUCACAACGGCCCUCCUUUUGAGUCUGAUAAGGCUACUAUGUACAGUGUAGAAACAUGCUUCACGGCAGAUGAUGCCUCAACUGGGAUUUACUUUCUGACUAGAGGGAAAGUGAUGAUGCAGAUGCAGACCAUCCAUAAGAUUGGGAUGAAUCUGACUGAUAGGAAAUCUCAGCGUCAGUGAUUCUGACAUCGUUUAGAAGUGUCACUCGGCCUUUUAUCCAAAGUACUAGUAACUCCAGUUUUGCAAACAGUUGCGUAGGAUACGAACUGGAAAUUGACUUGAAUAAGUUGGAUUCUGCAGCUCACUUGUAUAGUUAAGGUUUUUGCGUGCUGAUUUCGAGCUGAUAGAGAGAGGGAGAGAGAGGGAGAUAGAUGUUUAGAGACAGAGAGUAGAGAAGGGGCUUCUCAGCAUUUCGGAGGACUACUAUCAGUCCUUGUAAAUAAAUUGUUGUAUUGAGUUCUGCCUGUCGGACAACAAGGUGACGGUGUGCUGAUUUUGAAAUGGUGUUUGAUCAUUUUGGGUUGCUUGGAAAGUUCAGAUUGACCUCUCUGAGCAUGUAUCAACGUGUUUUUUUGAGCAAAUGUUUGGAG